ACCAUCCCAAAAUCUCAGAAGAAACUUGUCUUCUGUGACCUUCCCAAUGAGGAUCCGAACAGGGUUCUUUUGUAUCUUGUUAUCCUUGCUAUUUGCAGCAAAUGUCUGCCAUGCAGGUGAAGACCAGACGAAGGUCGAGGUUUUUGGCGCAGGUGAAUGUGCGGGGUGUAAAGAGAAUAACGUCCCAACUAGCCAGGCCUUUAAAGGGCUUAAAGUAACCAUAGAUUGCAAGCCAGAAAAUGGAGAGUUCAAGACGGGCGGUUCUGGCGAGCUCGAUGGAGAAGGGAACUUCAAGGUUUCUCUUCCGGCAGACAGGCUUAAAGACGGGAAAUUGAAGGAGGAAUGCUACGCACGACUCCACAGUGCGGCGGCUGAUCCCUGCCCCGCUCAUGAUGACGACCUGGAAUCCUCCAAGGUUGUCUUGAAAUCGGAGAGUGAUGGAAAGCAGAGUUUUGGGUUGAAAGGGAAGCUGAAGUUCUCGCCGGUCACUUGUGCGUCGGCUUUCCUUUUGCCGAAAUUCAAGCCUCCAAAAUUGCCCGUGUUCCCACCGAUUUACAAGAAGCCCCUCCCACCAUUUUACAAGAAGCCCCUCCCGCCAUUUUACAAGAAGCCACUUCCACCACCAAUUCCAAUUUACAAGAAGCCACUUCCAUCAAUUCCAAUUUACAAGAAGCCACUUUACAAGAAGCCACUUCCAUCAAUUCCAAUUUACAAGAAGCCACUUCCAUCAAUUCCAAUUUACAAGAAGCCAUUUUACAAGAAGCCACUUCCAUCAAUUCCAAUUUACAAGAAGCCACUUCCAUCAAUUCCAAUUUACAAGAAGCCACUUCCACCAAUCCCAAUUUACGAAAAACCACUUCCACCACCUAUUCCAAUUUUCAAGAAGCCACUUCCGCCACUCAUUCCAAUUUACAAGCCAAAGCCUCCGUUCUUUAAGCCGCUUCCUCCCCUACUUCCUAACGGCCUUCCAUUUCCCGAGAAGAAACUUCCACCACCGAUCCCAAUUUACAAGAAGCCACUUCCACCAUUCCCAAUUUACAAGAAACCACUUCCACCAAUCCCAAUUUACAAGAAGCCGCUUCCACCAAUCCCAAUUUACAAGAAACCACUUCCACCAAUCCCAAUAUACGAAAAACCACUUCCACCACCUAUUCCAAUUUACAAGAAGCCACUUCCGCCACUCAUUCCAAUUUACAAGCCAAAGCCUCCGUUCUUUAAGCCGAUUCCUCCCCUACUUCCUAACGGCCUUCCAUUUCCCGAGAAGAAGCCAUUCCCUCUUCUUCCUAAGUUUCCUCCUAAACCCAAGUACUUUCCCCACCCCAAGUUCGGAAAAUUCCCUCCUCUCUCAUCCAGUGAUCCUCAACCUUGACUGUUGCAGUUUAAGGUUCAGUUACGGUGAAUGAAAAUGUCCUUUGAUGCAUCAAUGUGAAGGUGAAGCUUUUCAUUUGCCUCUAGCAAUAAAGCUCGUGAAGAAGAAGAAGUUUGCUUAUUUUAGCUUGUAAUUUAUAUUAAGGGAAUUAAGAAGUUGUUUAUGGAUGUCAGUAUUGUUAAUAAAUUUAUUUGGAAGGUGCAUCAAUGAAUUAUGUUGAAUAAUAGAGAAUAGACUUU